UAGCCGGAGCCGGAGGAGCACUUCUCACGAGUCACUGCUCCUUUCCCAAAGAUCGGACGGAGGGAAGCCGACGGGGGUUGUUGUUAUUCGCUGUCGCCGACGCUGCCCAGCUCCGCCGGUGUAACCGCUGCAGACAUGGCCUCUGACGGCAUGGAUGAACGAUCCCCUCUGUUGUCAGCACCAAACUCCGGGAAUGUCACACCCACAGCACCGCCGUACCUGCAGGACACCAGUCCAAGAGCUGAGCUCCCUCCCCCGUAUACUGCCAUCGCCAGCCCGGACGCUGGGGGAGUGCCAGUCAUAAACUGCCGGGUGUGCCAGUCUCUGAUCAACCUGGAUGGCAAGCUCCACCAGCACGUGGUGAAGUGCACCGUGUGUAACGAGGCCACGCCUAUCAAGAACCCGCCAACUGGGAAGAAGUAUGUGAGAUGUCCGUGUAACUGCCUUCUAAUCUGCAAAGACACAUCGCGGAGGAUAGGAUGUCCAAGGCCCAACUGCAGACGCAUCAUCAACCUGAGCCCAGUGAUGGUCAUUCCUGAGGAGCAGCCCACGCAGCCUGCCCUGCCCAUCCAGCCCGAGGGCAUGCGUGUGGUGUGUGGGCACUGCGGGAACACAUUCCUCGGCAGCGACGAUGCCUCACCAUCCCAGACUGUUUCUGGCCUGCCUCUCGAAGGAGCCUCAUCCAUUUUCCAGUGGAUGGAGCUCCGGUUUAACACGCUGGCUAAGUGCCCACACUGCAAAAAAAUAUCCUCCGUGGGCAGCGCUCUUCCACGAAGGCGCUGCUGUGCCUACAUCACUGUGGGAAUGAUCUGCAUUUUCAUUGGUGUCGGGCUGACUGUUGGCACCCAGGACUUCGCCAGCCGCUACCACGCCACCUACGUGUCCUGGGCCUUCGCCUACCUCCUGGGCCUCAUCUGUCUGGUGCGGGCAUGUUACUGGGGAGCCAUUAAAGUGAGUUAUCCAGAAAACAGCUUUGCGUAGACCUCCUGUCCCCACCCCGUCCAAUAAAGAGCCCUUUUGCUUUUCCGUUUUACUCGCAUUCGGCCAGUUUGCGGUCGGCCGUACCCAAGGGGGUCCUCUAGAACCCAGAUCCAGCCCAGGUAUUGGGGGGGGUCGCCCU